UAGAAAACCAUGUCCUAGAACUGGCCCUCGCCCACCCACCUAGCUUAUACCCGCUUCGGCCUCUCUAGGACGUUCUUCAGUCGUGUAUGUAUGGAGAGGCUGCGCUUUGUUCCGGUCAAGGCCGGAAGUAGGCUGCUGGCGGGCGUUGCCGUGGAAACGCGGCGCUGUUUACCACCGAGGAAGACCGGACCUGCGGCGAGGGAGCGAGAAGGGCUGCUGGAUGGAGCCGCUGCGAGGUGAGAGGGCGGGCGAAGGCCUGGCGUGGGGCUCCCCUUGCCUUACCUGACGCGACCGGGUCGGGCCCCGCCACCCGCCCUUUCUCGCCUCGGGAGCGGGGGGCCUCGGCCUCCUCCGCGAGGAGCCCCACAACAGGCCUCCUCCCUAUCGCUAGGUGGUGGGAGAGACCGAGCAUGCGCGCGUAUGAGCUACUUGGUUACAUGACACCAGCCUUUGCCAACUCGGUGCCCUCUUGGAAGUUUUGGACUACAACUCCCAUCUGCGCUGGUGAGCGUUGUGGUCCAAAAGUUCUUCCGGGAGGUUACCGGGUUGGCAAAGGCUGAGUGGCGAACGUGCAUAGAAACUCACGCACACACGGUAUUGGGGCAGUUGCACGCCUUACAUUUAAAAGCGCAUGACUUUACCUUGGAGAAUAUCGGGAAAGGUAGUUUCCCCAGUACAGAACUACAGUUCCCAGCACCCCCUAGCAAACUACAGUUCCCAGGAUUCUUUCAGGGAAGCCACGUGCUUUAAAUGUGAGUUGGGUGUGCUUUUAAAAGUAUGGCAUGGAUUUGGUCUUAUACUUAUUUGGCCCGUUCUCAUCUGUGGAUUAAAAAAUAUAUUAAGUUGCUCACUUAGUAAAUCAUGUUUACAUUUUCACUUUUCUUUUUUGCUCAGUUUUCAUUGGUCACAUUUUUUUUCCUGAUAUAGUGUAGGAUUUCCUUGUGCGUAUGUGUGUGUGUUUGUAGUUUUUAUGUGCCAUGUUUGUUUUGAUGCUGAAUUUUAUUUAUUUUGCAACAUUUAUAUAUUGCUUCAUUGAAAUUAAGCCUAAAAAUAAUGCUCUGUUUAGUUGCUACUUACAUUGCAUAGAAUGUGGCAGCUUUUCUGGAAGGUUGUUUGUAUUUGUGUUUAUUUACUGUGGUGUGCAAUAUGUAUGUGAGCCUCCUGUUCUCAUGGCUGUGUUGUUUGGGAUUGUUCUACUGUAUAUUUUAAUUAUUUGAUGUUUUAUAUUUUAAUGUUUGUUUAUCUGGUUUUAUGUAUGUGUAUUUAAAAUAUAACGUGAGUAUAUUUUUAUCAAAAUAUUUUUAUUCUGCACUUUAUUUUCCAAUAACAGGGAACAUGGCCAGCAACUAUCGACUUAAAACCAUGCAAAAACAGCACACAAUAAAAUGGUAUUAUUAGCAUAAUGAAAAAGUGUCAGCAUCAGGAAGGACAGGGAAUGAAAAAGAGUGGGAUUAAGUAUUUAGGCCAAAGGGGCCCAAUGGCACAGAUAUGUUUUUCAGAGGGCAUGAAAGUGUCAUUAGUGAUGGGGCCAGCUGGGGCUGAGAACUCUGAAGCUCAGGCACCCACCCAAUAGAGAAGCCCCUGACACCCUUCUACCUACUCAUCAACUACAAGUUGGAUGGUGCUGGGGCAUGGAUUGGGGCCUCUGCCAAAGAUCUGAGUGGGAAGAAGUGAUCCUUCAAGUAUGCUGGUCACAAACUGGGUAGUGCUUUGCAGUUAUAAUCAGCAUUUUUAAUUGGAGAUGUAAACAAACCGGGAGAUAGUAAAAUGGUGCAAAAGUGAAGUCACAUAGAGAGUGUUGGACUAAUCCAGUUUAGCUGUGUCAAUGGCAAGUGGAUCAGCCUUCUCCAGGAAGAGCACAGCUGGCAUACCAGCCAACACUGCAAAAUGCAUUCCUGGCCAAGCUGCCGUUUGGGUGAUGAAGAGCAGUGUUGGGUCUAGGAGAACUUUCAAGAGGUGAACCUGUUUUUUUCAAGGAUAGUGACCAAAACAGGCAAUUCACCUAAUCCCCAGACAGUUCUUGCUGGCCAGCAGCACUUUCAAGGUGGUUAUAUAGAAGUAUUUCAAUUAAACUAUACAUAUAUAUACACACACACACACACACACACACUAGCAGGAAACGUAUAAAAACCCCAAACCUGUCACAGAUUGUUGAGAGCACCAAUACACAUUUUUACCUAGAAGAGCCAAAAACGUUUUUUUAUUUGAUGCUGGUUGAAUAGGGAAUUCCAUAGAUGAGGUGCCAAUGCUAAAAAGGCCACACCACUGGUAGCCACCGUCUCCUCCAUGGCAGGCAAAAAGGGAAGGUAAAUAGAGCAAGGCAUCAGAUGAGGACCUUAACAGGGAAUCUGUGACUUUCUCCGGAUGCUGCUGGACUUCAGUUCCUUUCAUACAUCACCAUUGGCUAUGUUGGCUGGGCCUGAUGGGAGCUGGAGUCUAGUAACAUUUGGAAGGACACAAGUUCCCCACCUCUGGAUUAGUUGCUCAGUGGCCAGAAGUUCCUUUUAGCAUGAGCGACAACUAUGGCCAUUCCUGAACUGGAAGAGCAUGACUACAGUAGUUCAGGCACUGGUGACUUCAAGAUUGGAUUACUGUAAUGUACUCUGUAGGGUUUCACUUGCACUUUAUCUGGAAACUGCAGCUAGUGCAGAAAGUUGCCGCACGGUUGCUGACAGGAAUGAGACCCUGUCAGCAUAUAACACCUCUGCUCAGAGAUCUGCACUGGCUGCACAUUUGCUACUGGUCGGAAUUCAGUGUGUUACUGUUAGUAUAUAAAUCCCAUAACAACUUGGGACCAGUUUACUUGAAGGGAUUGCCUUUCCCCCUAUAUGCUCACUCGGCUGCUUCAGUCUGUGGAACUGGCUCUUACUAGUGCCCCAUAAUACCUGUUCUGCACCUGUAAGAAAUCAUUCUUUUCACUGGCAGCACAUUUGAAGCUGCCUGCCUAUUGAAAUCAGGCAGGUGCCUUCCCUGUAUUGUGCUUAAAACAUUUCUGUUUAGGAAAGCCUAUCCAGACAUGCAGAAGUUAUGUGUAUUCUUUCUCCUUUUAGCUACUGUUGAUUUAAAUUAAUCUUUUGAGUCCUUCACAUACUUGCUUUAACAGCUUUUACGAAGCAUUUUAACAUACCGGUAACCAUUUAGAGGUUUGGGGUUUCUUUUACAUUCAAGUGGUAUAUAAAUGUUGUCGAAUGAAUAGGUUUAAAAGUCUGCCUCACAUUCGUUUUGAAACAGCAAAUAUUUGUUUAUAAAGGUUGAACUGAGAUGGUAUUCAGAUGGAUUCUAGGAGUGUAAAACUGAAUGGGAGAACUCACUUUUAAUCCUCAUCUGUAUGCUCUUUUCUUUUGGACUGAGAUUAGAUGUAGCUUGGACUCCUGUUUGUAUGUGUUUUCUCCAUGACAUGGCACAUAAAACGCUUUGUAUUAAUUGUGCUGCCUUGGUGUUUAUAUCUGUUGCUUGGCAUAUCAAGCUUAAUACACAAACACACCUACUCUUUUUACUCUACAUCCCCACUCCAAGACAGCAGUAGAUGAUUGUCUUGGUGAGCCUGGCCUCUGUGGCCAGCUGGUGGUUCCUACACCUUUCAUUGUAACCCAAGUCAAUGGGCCCUUUCCCCUAUUAUAUAUAGCUGGCAGAUAUGGGUGCAUGCUGUGCCAUUGUCAGUUGGAACAAGGCAGCAGCAGUGCCCCAGACUUGGCCACAAGAGCGGAGUUCAUCAUUUGCUACAGAAUCUUUCCCCAUUUUGUGGAUGUGAGAAAACAAGAAGGCAUAAGGUGAAAAAGAGCUUUGUUUUCUUUGUCCAGUUUUGUGAAAGCAGCAGGAUUGGCAAUUACUCUUUGGACUAACAGUUUUUGGGGUGAACUUGAGAUGCUCUGGAUGGUAAGGCAGCUUCAAAAUAGGUUUAAUUUCAAAGGGCUGUAGCUAUCUAAGUUCUAAUCAGAGUAGAUCCAUUGAAAGUGAUUGACCUAAGUUAUUCAAGUCCAUUAUUUUCAGUGGUUGUGCUCUGAGUAGAUACGAUACAACCCAAAAUGUGUACGCAUAUUCAACUUGUAUAUCCUGUCUGCUACUUUGGAAGUUCAAGGCAGUUUGUGAAAAGUCAAUUUUAAAACUUUUAAAUGUCAUACACAGUAAAAAUAAAUUCAUAAAUAAAAACUAUUAAAUUAGCAUUAAAAAUAGCCUGAAGUAGCAUUUCAUGAAAAUUAGUGUUUAUUAAAAGGCCGAGCCAUUAUUUAAGAUCUUAGCUGAAGCUCUGUUAAGAGGACACUAGGGCCCCAGCCCUGGAGAUGUCUUCUUCAAAGGCAGCUGAUAUUUAGAGACAGUGAAGGGCUGUAAAUUUGAAUGGCCCUCAUCUCAGAUUUGUUGUUUUCAGGAUGGGUACCCAAAAUUUGGGGAGAGCACUUUUCCUUGAAGGUUUCUGCUAGUGACUAGGAAGCCUACAUGAUCAGUCUCCUUCUGACUCCAAAGAGCUGAUUCCUACCUUUCAAAACCCUGCAAUCCCUAUCCCCAGCAUGCAUCACAAAACACUUUCAUUCCCAAGUUUCCCUCCAGACUCAGAUCCAUAAUGGAAAUCCUCUACUCUGAUUGCCAUCUUUUAAGGAGGUACAUACCAGAAUUCUGGUAAUGUAUUGGGGAGGAGCGCAAACUGUAUCACUCUGUGGUACAGUCUCUUUAGGUGGGGAACCUCAGGCCCAAGGGCCAGAUGUGCCCACUCAGUCCUUUUUAUUUGGCCCUUGGGAGUCUCCCCAAGCCACACACACCCUCCCCUGCCACACCUCUCACUGCCACUACUUUGCAGCCUCCAUGAGUUUUUUUGUCUGACUGGAAUGUGUCCUUGAAGUCUGGCAAUGUUUUUUGAUGGCCUGGAUGGAUGAUCGUGUGAGGGGUGUGUGAGUCUGUGUUGAAUUUAGCAACCUGGACAAAGGUAAAAUUCACAUGCAUCAAUUUGCCUACUUUUCCUCUGGCUCUGCCCAGUGCUGGCAUCCUGCCCCCAGAAGUUUGCCUAGAAGGGAAUGUGUUUCUCAGGCUGACAAAGGUUUUCCUAUUCCUGAUUUAGAGAGGUCCUCAUCUCUCUCAGUGCUUUUUGCCAGAAGGAAUAAAAAAGAAAAACAACUCUCAGCUUACUUUUCAAUUGACAUCUCAAAGUGCCUUGACUUUUAAGGUGGGAGUAUUUGUAUUGCUGCUUUCCCUUGUAAGCUUGCACUGAAUGUGGUGCUUAAAGUGUUCUCUUGUAUAUUUAUGCGGUUAUGGUAUAUUUUUAAUUUAGUUUAGCAUUGCUGUGAGUGUUGUUUGGAAAGUUGUCUAAAUAGAUGUAAAUAAACAAAUUGUGCUGCUGUUAAUGUAUAAAGGGAAGAAAUGUGUCUCCCCUGCUGGGGAUGUCCAUCCCUGUAGUUCGACAACCAUUAACUUUUGUGCUUUAAAAAAAAAAAGUGCCUCCACUACACUUAUUCUUUGGUUGUAGAGCAGCAACCUUUAGUCAGGUAAAACCUUUUAAAAUUGUCUUAAGAAGCAUUCCUCUUGAAUUAUUUUUAACAUAAGCAUUACAGGUAGCAGACGCCCCCUUCCAUCUCACACAGGAGGAAGACAGUACCUUUUGGGACUGACACAUCGAUGUAUCAUUUAAGCAACACCUGGUUCCUUGAUUUAAACACACGAGUGUCUCUUUUUCUUCACAACCUUUGUUUUAGAUAUGCAAAUUUGAUGCAUCAGUUUUUAAACUAUAUCUACAUGUCACCUUCCUACCCAAGUAUUCAAGGUGGUUUAAAAUGUUAAAGAAUGCUCAGGAACAACUAGAAUACAAAAAAGGGAGGUGUGAGGAGGUCGAUGAAAUAAGGUAAUGACAAUUAAGGAUUUGGGAAUAUUGGAUCUGUUUUUAAAUCUUUGUGGUUUAUUUUUGCUUUCUGAUUUUGAUGUGCUAUGUGUUUUGUUUUUGCUUUUUGCUUUUGACUUUUAUCGAUUUCUAUUGUUUAAUUGCUAUUUGUUUCUUUCUUGUUUUUUCCUUCUUUUUCUCUUUGUUUUUUUUGUAAUUUUAAAAUUCUCAAUAAACAUCAUUUAUAAAAAAAAAGAAUGCUCAGGAAACAUAAAACAGAAGAAAUCACAUACUGUAUUUUUCGUCCUAUAGGACGCACUUUUUCCCCUCCAAAAAUGAAGGGGAAAUGUGUGUGCGUCCUAUGGGGCGAAUGCAGGCUUUCGCUGAAGCCUGGAGAGUGAGAGGCGUCGGUGCGCACGACCCCUCUCGCUCUCCACGCUUCAGGAAGCUAUCCGCAAGCCUUGGGAGCCCGGCGAGAGCGCCCGCCGGGCUCGCAAGUCUUGCGGGCAGCAACCUGCAGCCAGAAGCACGGAGCGCACUCCGGAGCGUGCCCCGUGCUUCGCGCAAAUGUCCGCAAGCCUUGUGAGCCCGGCAGGAGUUCCCGCUGGGCUCGCAAGUCUUGCGGGCAACAGCCUGUUCUGGGGGCUGGGGACGGGGGAAGUUCGGGCUUCCCCAGCCCCGCAAGCCCCGAGGCUAAAAACGAAGCCAGGACAGCUAGCAGGAUCCAUCCCGCUCGCUGUCAUGGCUUCUUUGCUCUUUGGGGCUCAGGGGGGGGGGGAAAAUAAUUUUUUUUCUUUAUCCCCCCCCCAAAUAAGUGCCUCCUAUGGGCCGGUGCGCCCUAUAGGGCGAAAAAUACGAUAAUAGGAAACGGCAUGGACAUAGCCAGGAUUUUUUUGGGGGGGCAGGCCUUUUGUUGGGGGGGCAGAACCUCAGUUUGCUUUGUAUUUUUAUUGAUUUUGAGUUGCCCUUCCCUGCCUCUCCGCCCCCCUUGUCUACACCCAUGGGAAAGGGGGAAGAGGUGGUGAGGGAAGAGGAUUAGCAGCAAAUUCAAUGUACCAACUCUUUUUAAAAAAUUAGUUUUUAUUAAAGAUUUUCUUGUGUUACAGAACAAACAAACAAGGAAAAGUACAUAUAGCGUCUCCACUUUCAAUUCACAGAGACUUUGUGAUGUGCAGUGGAAUUGCAUAAAAGAAGUCCAGGAGGCUGCUAAGCUGCUGGGGUCUCUCGCUCUAAUGCAGUCAUGAGGAAUAAUGUCAAUCAAGAGGGAGGUGGCACUCUUUUCUUUUCCUUGCUUAAGCCAGAAUGUCAAAUUUCAGCCUGGCGUUAGGCAUGUUUAUGGCCUGUGAUCUCACUGGGUGUAAUGCUGAGCUGGACUGCAUGCAGCCACUCUGUCUUUGUAGAUGAGUCAAAGUAUUCUUUGGGCUCUCAGCCACCAACAGCAACAGCUGAUGGAAUGAGGGCUAGGUACAGAGGGCACUCCCCCCAGCCCAACAUCUGCCUUCGGCUGCCUUCAGUGUGCAUUAAGAAUCUGUACCUGUUUUUCAUUGCAGAGACCCUCUAUUUUUAAGAGGUUUAAUUCAAUAAAAGCUAUACCUAUUGGGUUUCUGCCUGUCGUGAGCUUCUAGAAGCACGGGGCCCUGCUGGAAAUGGGCAGCUCCAAUACUUGCCUUGGCCUCUAGAGGACGAUUAACAGAUUUCUCACAGAGAGAAAUGUCAUCUCCGCCCUUCUUUUCUCUUGCUUGGUUUCAGGGUUGAAAAUCUGCAACUCCCUGGAGGUGCAGGCGGAGAUCCUCUCAGACUGACUGGCCUGUUUGAUCCUCUGGAGCUUUUGAGCCGUCAGUCCUUUUGAGCCGAUGGAGCAUCUUCUGCAUGUGAGUGUUUUGGUUUGCCCAAACAUGACCUUCAACGACAAAGCUUUAACUGGCUCCUGAAAUAUCCUGGGAUGCUUUUGCUGAUGUCUUUUAAUUCUGAGGUGUUCUGGCCCUGAGGCAGCUGCAGAAUAAACCUGAUGUCAAUCUAUGCACAACAUAAGCCUUUCAGUUUCCUUUUUUCGUAACCUAUUUGCUUGCAAAGUUGAGCAGGCAUAAUAGGGCUGCAGAAACAAGCACACAGCAAGGCAGCGCUACACUUAGGUGCCAUCAUAAUGCCUGCCUGGGCAAAGUCUUGUCCCCUGGACCUUCCACAUGACAGUGGCUGUCAUGUUCAAGCAGUCUUCACUAAAAUAUUCUAGCAUUCUGUUCCCACAGUGCCCAGCCAGGGAAGCCCAAGGGGUGGACGGGAGAGCCACAACCCUUUUGCUUCUAUUCCAAGUCAGCCUCCUGAAACUAAUGCCUGAAUAAGUGUAACUGACAUAAUUUCCCCCUUUACCCUUCCUCAUGUCACAUUCAGGGCUCCCGGGUUUUGGGAAGGAGGUGCCAGGAGAACAUUUAGGGAGCUAGCCUAGUCCCCCUAGUCCACUGACUGCACUCCACUGGAGGAGUUGAUAGAUUAGUGCUGUCCUUCCGGUGUAAAGUGGCAGGCUCAUAUGAAUUCCUGUCAGCCCAGCCCAAAGCCUAAUUCAGCUGGGCUGAAAAGUGGUCUGUUGCAGGAAGUGAAAGCAGGUUGCUGCAAGCCGGGUGGUGCCUGGCCCUUUCUGACUUUUGUUUCCCCAGGUCUCCUGAAAAGCAAUGGCUGCUGCCUCGCACCUGAACAUCUCAUCCUCUGAACGGAAGACCUCCUUUGGCAUUGCGAAGCCUCCCAUCUGGCAGCCACACUCCCUCAGCAUGCAUGUCACCCGGCCAAAAUCUGCAAAGGGGCGCACGAGAUCCAACUUGAAUUACUCCCACAGCAUAGAAGCCUACUCCUACCAGGUGCCAUCGUCUCCUCAGCCAUUAGCUCCCUGCGAAGAUGCUGCAAGUGGCCGAAAGACCUUGUCGACCCAGCAGCUGUACCAACCUGUUCAGGUGUUCCCUGCUGAAAUCCCAGAUCUCCUCCAGCAGGUGCCUAUGAGAACUUCCUCCUCCUUAAACAAGUACAGAGUGCUCCCAUCCAUCAGCAGGAAAGAACUGCGGAAGGGUGCCGUGGAGAUGAUGUCUGAGCAGGCUGGUCAGCUCCAAGGGAGUCCCCAACCAGAAGAGAAAGAGCAAGGCUUCAAAGAGCUUCUUCCCCUGGUGGGGAAAGCCUCCACCGAUAUCAUGGCAAAACACAAAGGGGGCGGUGGAGAAUACGCUCAGAAUCCACCUCCUCUUCUGGAGACAAAGCCCCGAAGUAAAACAAGGGAAGGGGCCCAUCCCGUGCUGAAUUUGGAAGAGCCCAGCGAGAAGGAGCCGAGGUUGCUUCUCGCCAUCAGGUCUCCUUCAGGUCACAGAUUUGAGCGUCACUUCAGGCCGACGGACAGCUUGAAAACCGUCCUUACAGUGGCGGAGCAAAAGAACUCGGUCGUGUACAGACGCUGCAGCAUUGAAACAGUGGAAGUGCCUCGGAGGACCUUCGCAGACCUCACCAAGUCCUUGCAAGAGUGCGGGAUCCCUCACAAGUCAGUGUUGUGUAUCCUGCAGGAGUCGCAAGAGGGGGAGCUGUAAGCAUCCAGAGGCUGUUCUUUGCAUUAAAUGCCAUUGGAGAGUGGAUCUCUAGAUCCAGCUGACGCCUUUUCUCUGGUGUAGCACUCCCCCCCCGCCCCGCCCACAAACUCUUCCCUGUGCAGGACCAUUUUGUUUCUUAAGCUUUGCAUUGAAGCUUUGCAUUGAAAACCCCACCCAUCCCCUCUCGCAGCUUCCCAUAUUCCCCAUUGCAUUUUGUAGGUUUGCUGAGUUGUUUUCAAAAUGGCCUGUUCUCCAGGGAAGUCUUACAAUCCUGAUUCCUUUAUUCCAGUGGAAGGGAUUGGUUUGUGAUAUUUGUUUGGCUCCAGGAAUAGAUCCUUACCCCACACCAAUGUGAGUUUUAAGAUGAGUGGACGGGGAAAGAUGGAUAUAAAUAGCUGGCCCCCCAGGAAUGUCUCUUGCACAAAUUCCAUUUAACGAUGUUGUCAUCAGUUUGCAAAACUUCUUUUCAGCAGGGGUUGUGCAGGAGAAGGUUCUGGUGAUUGUGACCAAUUCUUCUCUCCACCCCGCCCCUCCCCCAAGCUCUUCCAGUCAAGAUCCAAAUAGUUUUUUGCUUUGAUGGAAGUGCAACUGACCCCAACACUUGCUCUCUCUUGUCCAUGGAAAAAGCCAAGAUUUAUGACAGCUGCAUUAGUUCAGCCUACCAGAGUUUGCUGCUGUAUUGUUAAUCAGAUGUUCCUUUCACAAGAUUAUGGCACAAAUUAGACUGGAAAGAUCCCAUCUAAGUGGGCUUACCCAGUGCAAAUUUGAAUGUUGAGUGUUGUUUGGUAACAGGUAACAGAACCUUUGCUUUUUUGAAACAAAAAUGAGUUAAUUGCAAACGUGUGUCGAUUUCAGUAUUCUGUUAUCAAUCGAGUUUUGCUUGGGGAUGAGCAAGGGGCUUUUCCUGAAAGCUGCUUUCUCAUUAUUUUUUUUUAAAAAAUGAAUCUUAACCUGUUUGUGUUUAUCAAAAUGCCAUUUAUAUUCUUUUUUAAAAAUCUGUGUUUGAAUGUUUUUAAAAAAGCUUUCUGUUCACAUGCAGGAUUUGAAAUCUUAGUAUUAUUGAGAGGUUGGGGUGGGUUAAGCUCUAAGUACACAGCUUGCCAAAACAUUCUGCUUCCGAGUGUUAAUUCCUCUUUAUCCAAUCUCACUUUUGCCUUGCCGAGAUGGCCAAAUGAACCUUGGAGGUUGGUAGGAAAUUGACCUUCGCUUUGAUGGCAGCUGCUAAAAGUUAGGCCAGGGCCUGCAUCACUUUGACACAAAUGAGGAUUGGGCAGAGUGGGGCAGAUAUUCCUCACCUCUUUGCUCUAACUCAAGAACAGCCAGCUUGGGGCCUUCCAGUUGCUGCUGGACUCCAGUUCCCAUCAUCCCUGACUAUCGGCCUUGCUGGCUGGGGCUGAUGAAAGGUGGAAUUCAGCAGCAGCUAUAGGGCCACUACAGUGGCCAUCUCUACUCUCACAUCCUUACAGGCGAGACUAGUAGAGUGCCCAGCCUUGCUUCCUCUCUUUGCAAAGCGGCCUGCCUUCCACUUGUUUUCCCGCUUCUGAAACGCGUGUGGGUCCUUUAGGAAACAGAGAUGCCGACAACAGCAAGGUGGAAUGGGGUGACGUGUCAAUACCCCCAAAGUGUGACACGUAUGGCAGAAAGAGGUGAAAGAAUGCAGGGCAUCCUGGGCCAUCAGCAUACGACACCUGGGUGACAGGCAGCAAUGCCAUCUCUGGACAAGAUAUUAGCCUGCAGUCACAAGGCAAGGCCUGAUCCUGAGAGCCCACAUUCACCUUCCUGAUUCAUGUAGCAGGGUCAAGAAUGAUGGGGGAAACUUCCUGUUCUACCUAGCAGGGGUUAUAGUGCAGAGAGACAAGGAAGAGUGUGGUAUGAGCAGCCUGGUUUGCUCCAAGUUUGCUUGAUCAGCGGCACCAUGGGUGUGGGGCACAAAAUGUGUUUUCUUCACCCAAGGGGAGCGGUGGCAGUGGUCUUGCUUAGAAGUCAUUCCAGCUUAGGGUCAGUGUCUACAUGGCAUAGGUUCAAGCGGCGAAGGUUCCCUUGGACUGCAUCGUUUGCCUCCCCAUGCACUCAGUAAAUCAUCUCUGGGAGGCUACUGGUCUAAUUCCCAAUUCCAUCUUUGUCUCAUAGGAGAGUAUAGUCAAACCCUGUCUCCAGCCCGAGAAGGCAGUUCAGAAAGACUUCACCACUUGAUUCUGCUCCAUAUAUGAAACUGUCACCUACGUGACAGCACUAUUCCAUAUAUAGGCAGAUGACCUCUGGGCUGUGUGAACAAAUGCUGACUUUGGUUUCUGAUUUUGGAGGGGGGGAGCCCUCUCAGGGUAGAGGGGAGCCGAAUAUUUUCAGAAUUACAGCGACAAGGACCACUGAAAGGGGCCUGGAAUCUGAUGGCCUGAAAGCUUAGGUCUCCCCCAUGGGAACAGUAGAAAAAAAAACCUGGAAAAUGCCAAGGGGGAUAAACAACCAAGGCUUAAAGCAAUGGAAGAGUUUCCUGGAUGGAGGGUGGGAAAGUAUGCUUUUUGCACUUCAGUAUAAUUUGAAUAUAUGUUGUGUGUGCUGUUAGAUACAAUAAAUAUAUUCUGGGUGUACUGGACUAGUUUUGUCCAGGCAAGUGUUCAUUUUGAGUGCCUAAUUUUUUAG